UGAUUUCAAGCUAGUUAGUGUAGCAGUAACUGGAAAGUAGCAGUGUCUUCUACAGCAUAAAAUAAUAAGCUAAUAUAUGAAUAAGAUUAUUGACAAGCAGAUUUAAUAUUUUUGAGAUCCCCGAUUGUGUCUCCCUGUUACAGCAUGAAAGGUUUAUACUGCCGAGCCGACGUGAAUGAUGCUGAGCCCAAGUUCGUUAUUCAGGAAACGGGUCUUCCAGAGGUGUUAGGCAGCCAUCAGGUCAGAGUUCAGGUACAGGCGUGCGGACUCAAGCCCCUGGACCUCAAGUUGCUCUGUGACGUGGGGCUCCAGAGAGAUUUGAUUCCUGUUGGCAGAGAGGUGGCCGGGGUCGUCCUGCAAGUGGGCCCCAAGGUCUCCUUUUUCCAGCCUGAGGAUGAGGUUGUAGGUAUUCUUCCCCUGGACUCUCCCUGCUCUGGACUCUGUGAUGUAAUUGACGUGGAUGAACACUAUUUAGUUCAGAAGCCAGAGAAGCUCAGCUCAGCGUGUGUUGCGGCAGCGCUGCACGAUGGCCUCUGUGCUUACACUGCUCUACACACACAUGCUCGCAUGGCAGCCGGACACACACUCCUGGUCCUGGAUGGAGCCAGCUCCUUUGGCCUGAUGUGCAUCCAGCUGGCCUGUUACCACGGAGUGAAGGUCCUGACGACAUCACAUUCGCCACAAAAACACACAUUCCUGGAGCAGCUUCGGCCUAGCGUAGCCAGGGUUAUUCAAGUCUAUAACGGCUCAUCAGACCUGCUGCCACUGGUUUUGGAGGAGACGGGAGGACUGGGAGUGGAUAUAGUGAUAGACUCUGGAGUUCGUCUGCAGGAAGAGGAGGAACCAGAGGAGACGAAACUACUCCCACACAAACAGGACAUCGUCAGUGUGCUGGGAGUGGGGGGACACUGGGUCACAUCGCACCAAGACCUGCAGUUGGAUCCUCCAGAUUGCAGAUUAUUGUAUUUAAAGUCAGCGUCUGUGUCUUUCCUCAAUCCUGAAGUCUGGACGGCUUCAUCAGCCCAGCAAGGAAGAUACCUGCAUAUUCUGAAGGACAUUGUGGAGAAGAUGUCAGCUGGGGUGCUCAGACCUCAGCCUGCGGAGGUGGUCCCCCUCUACGAAGCCACAGUUGCCAUGGAGACCGUCCAGCGUCACCAGAAGAAAAAAUCCGUUGUUCAGUUCUGACCGAAAUAAUCACAUUCUGCCG